UGCGGCCAGCCCUUCCCUGCCCAUUCAAGAAGCAGCUCUGGGCUGUCCUGGUGGCUGGACAGCCCCUCAGGUAUCCCUGGGCCCUCCCAGUCAUACCCCCCAGGAAAACUUGGCUCCGAGUUAGUUACAGCUUUCCUUUGAAGGACAGAAAGGAGCAGACCUUUCGUGUUGUGCCGUAAGGGAACAAGAUGGUCCUGAAAACCGAAGAGGAAGAUGUUCCCAGUGACCUGACUGCCGAGGAGCGGCAAGAGCUGGAGAACAUCCGACGACGCAAGCAGGAGCUGCUGGCCGACAUUCAGAGGCUGAAGGAUGAGAUAGCAGAAGUAGCUAAUGAAAUUGAAAACCUGGGAUCCACAGAAGAAAGGAAAAACAUGCAGAGGAACAAACAGGUAGCCAUGGGCAGGAAAAAAUUUAACAUGGACCCUAAGAAGGGGAUCCAGUUCUUAAUAGAGAAUGAUCUACUGAAGAACACGUGUGAAGACAUCGCCCAGUUUUUGUACAAAGGCGAAGGGCUCAACAAGACAGCCAUCGGGGACUACCUCGGGGAGAGGGAUCAAUUCAGUUCUCCCUUUACUCAUUCGUGUUAAAAGUCAUUGGCAGUUUAACAAUUCACAGAGAAGUACAUUGUUUCCCCAUGUCCUGGAACCCACCCUGUCUCACCACUCAGGCAGUUCCUGUGGAGCUUCCGGCUACCCGGGGAGGCCCAGAAGAUCGACCGGAUGAUGGAGGCAUUUGCCCAGCGCUACUGUCAGUGCAAUAACGGAGUGUUCCAGUCCACGGACACUUGUUACGUCCUCUCCUUUGCCAUCAUCAUGUUGAACACCAGCCUGCACAACCCCAAUGUCAAAGAUAAGCCCACCGUGGAGAGGUUCAUCGCCAUGAAUCGAGGCAUCAACGAUGGGGGAGACCUGCCCGAGGAGUUGCUCCGGAAUCUGUAUGAGAGCAUAAAAAAUGAACCCUUUAAAAUCCCAGAAGAUGAUGGGAAUGACCUCACGCACACUUUCUUCAACCCCGACCGAGAAGGCUGGCUGUUGAAACUCGGUGGCAGGGUAAAGACUUGGAAAAGACGCUGGUUCAUUCUGACUGACAACUGCCUUUACUACUUUGAAUAUACCACGGAUAAGGAGCCCCGUGGCAUCAUCCCUUUAGAAAAUCUGAGUAUCCGGGAAGUGGAGGACUCAAAAAAACCAAACUGCUUUGAGCUGUACAUCCCCGACAACAAAGACCAAGUGAUCAAGGCCUGCAAGACCGAGGCGGACGGGCGCGUGGUGGAGGGGAACCACACCGUGUACCGCAUCUCAGCCCCCACGCCCGAGGAGAAGGAGGAGUGGAUCAAGUGCAUUAAAGCAGCCAUCAGCAGGGACCCUUUCUACGAGAUGCUUGCGGCGCGGAAAAAGAAGGUCUCUUCCACGAAAAGACACUGAGUGCAGCCCAGGGCGUCAGCCGCGAGGCCUGCGGAGCCCCGGCCCCGUCUCCCGGCCUCCACAGACGGUGCCGCUGAGGGGCGUCCUCUCCUCCAGGCCCUGCCCCGAGUUCCUAGAGACUAGCUUCUGCUUUUGCUAUUUUUUUUUUUUAAAUGGGAGAAGGGCGGGCAGUUAUUACUGGGAAGAGGGGCCUACUGCCUGUCUAGCAUGGGUUCCCGAACCUUCUCUCUCAGCAGAGCAGAGCUGCUGUCGGCAGAGCAGCCUCCUGCCAGUCUCCCGCUCAGCGGGUCUGAUAGCAGAGCUCAAAGCGGACUGUUUACCUCUUGGUGGUUUCCCCAUGAAGAAGCCUUCACCCCUGCACCAUAAAUACAUGUAUCGAUAUAUUAUUCUAUGUCAAGAAAAUGGUGGAAAGGAAGAGAAGCCACGUACUAUAAAAAUCUAUUUUUGUUUUUUUUUUGUUUUUUUUAAAAAACGUAGCACUGUUCGGGUGCAUUCUGCCCUGUCUGGUCUGGGGAGCUUCACACUAGAGAAGAGCUCCCUGGGCUGCUGCUGAGGGUGUCAGCCUGGACAGGGCAGGCCGCCCCUCCUGUGCUCCGGGAGCUGGGGGGCGCUCGCUGCCGGGUGCUCGUCUGGGCAAGAGGGGGCGACAGGGAGGGUGACGUAGAGAACGCAGAGGGUGCAGCGGGCGAGGGAGAUCUCCGGAUGACGCGGUCAGACCGCGGGGCCUGUUGGCCGGGCGCGGCGGCCGCAAGCAGGUGCAGGCCCGCAGCUCCGGCAGAUGCUGUUCCAUCCCAAGUGCCUGCGGGGCGCCAAGGAGAGGAGACAAGUGACUGGACACUUGCGCUGUUUCUCUCCUUCAGAAUCCAAGUUCUUGUUGGGCUUUAAAGUAGAAAGUCAGCAUUUUCCUUGAGCUAAAUACCUAAUAACCAAAACUGUGAGGAAGGUUUUCCCGACAGAGCAUCCGGGAUGACCUAACUGUUUCAUAUUUGGUUUUUCUUCUCUUCCCCAAACUCCAGUCCUCGUUGUAGAGGAAGGAGUAGGUCCUGCCUGAGCCCCUUAGGGCUUCAGCUUUUCCUGCCGCAGCCGGCCCUAACUGGACUACUCUGGAAGUUUGGGGGUGGGUCCCCUCGAGGGGAAGCGGGUCUCUGUCUGCUCAGAGGGUGCAGUGGGACGAGAGGGCCAAGGUCAGCCUCUUGGAACCCUUGUCCCCGUGGGGCAUGUGAGCGAGCUGGCCCGCCCAGGCCAGCGCUCUCCUGCCGUUCUCUCAGGGACUCUCCGGGCAGCCCCUGCCGCCCGGCCGAGGCCAGCGCGCUGGUCUGGGCAGAGCAGGUGGCUCUGGCCAUCUCCACAUGGCCCUGGACUGGGUUGGUGCAGAGCGCUGCCGCCAGGAGGCAGGUGAGGAGCUGCGGGUCUCCGCAGGGCUGUGUCGCCGCGGCUCCUCUGAUCUCUGGAAAUAGCUUUUGCCAGAGCAGUGGUGGGAGCAGUGUGGGGGGACAUUCUGGCACCCCCCUUCGUGUAGAUCCUACCUGGAAUGGCUUCGGGCGCUCUUAGGCCGGAGCUUGUGAAGGUGACAGAAGAAGGUCCAGGCUGGAAACCGGAACUUUGUGGGUGGGAGAACCAGGGCGGUGCCAGCUCUAGUCUGGGUGGUGUCAGGGCUGGUGCUGGGCCUGUCUGGCGGCCCGGUCCCUUGCUCUGGUUCUCACAAAUACUUCUAGACAGAGCGGCCCCUGGAUCAGUAUUAGUCUAUUUAUCAGAGGUGUAAAUAAUCCAUGUAUAGUUUUUCUCCUUUUAGAUUAUUUUGUAUUUGUUUAAAAAAAGUU